AAUAGCUAGUAUUAAAAAGAAAAUAAAUAAAUGGACAUAAUGCAGCAGAUGAUCAGUGGUUGCAGUUCCCCGGAAGAGGAUCUCGGCAGCAGGGGUGCCUCUAGGCAGUCCAGCUCCAGGCUUGUCCAGUGGGUUGCUGCUGUGAGACGCCUAAAUUUUGCUUGUUUUUCGCUUCCCGUCCGCCUCGCUUGCGAAGAUAAGGUAAGAAAGCGAUGGACCUCGUAUUUUCGUCCCUUCUCUGCCGAUUCUUCUUUUAUCCUCGCUAUCCCAGGGCCGUCAGAUGAGAUCUGUAAUGUAUGCACCCGUGUUUUUACCUUGUUUUCUUCUCUCUCCCGGGUGCAGUAUUUCCAAAUCCAGACAUGUUUCGCUCCUUCGAGUCUCCGUUUGCACGUGGAUUGUCCUCUUUCAGCACAUACUCAACAGGCGCUUAGAGACAAUGGAUCGAGACAUUGCAUCGGCCCAGCCACAUGGGUUCUCUCUCCUCGAGUCUCGCACACAUUGACUCCUUUGAGUGUCCACAGCUAUCUUUUUCUGUACAAGUAUGCUCUUGGUCACAAGUGCCUUGGCGAGAUCCAUCCGAAAAAGUCGGCCCAACACAGGGUCCUCCCCGGCAUUCCUCAGCCCAGCCCACUCGCUUCAUGCUGCGAGACUCCCACCCCUCCAUUAGCCUUCCUCUUCUCUCUUUUGCCCUACUAUUGGCCGUUGCUAUGCCCGUGUUGGCUGUGAGGG